UCUUGGUCCGUGUGCGUUACGGUGACACGUUAACAUGUAGCAGCCCUAAGAGUCUAUUGCGACCCGUCAUACUAUUUUGACACGGAAGAGCUCGAAACUCCGGACGGGAGAAAUAUUACAGUGCUUUGAGGAUGCCUCUUAAUGCUAAGAUUGAUGCUCUCGAUAUAGCGGUUUUAGUGGUCUAUUUCGUCAGCGUGAUAAUAACCGGACUUGUUGCGAUGUUCGCGGUGCAGAGGAACACUGUUAGUGGUUUUUUCCUCGCUGGAAGACUGAUGACUUGGUUACCAAUUGGAGCUUCACUUUACGCCAGUAAUAUUGGUAGCGAGCACUAUAUUGGUCUUGCUGGAUCUGGAGCUGCCACUGGAAUCGGCAUCGCUGCUCUUGAGCUAAAUGCAUCUGUGCUAUUGCAGUUGCUGGGUUGGGUAUUUCUUCCAGUGUAUAUUUCAAGUGGGGUUUGCACACUUCCAGAGUAUAUGAAGAAACGCUUUGGUGGAAAGAGGAUUCAAAUCUACCUGGCGUGUCUAUCCUUGCUGCUCUACGUACUCACCAAAAUUUCGGUUAACUUAUACUCAGGCUCUCUAUUUCUGCAAGAAGCACUGAACUGGAAUAUAUGGCCAUCCAUUUUCCUCAUUUUGGGGAUGACUUCCUUGAUCACUCUUACAGGCGGCUUGGCUGCCGUCAUAUACACGGACACGCUGCAAUUCUUCAUCAUGAUUAUUGGCGCUUUUAUCUUGGCCAUACUCGGUUAUGUGAAAGUCGGUGGCUUUCCUGGUGUGUUGAACCUAUAUGGUGAGGCUAUCGCGCCGGUUGACUUGCUCUCCGACCAAGGUUCAAACCUUAUCAUCACUCUAGCAAACAUCUCAGGUGGGCGCUUCAUUCCACUUCACAAGCUUGCUUCAUCUCCUGGUGUGGAUCCCAGCCUGAGCUGCAGCUUGCCUUCCCCCAAAGCCUUCAAGCUCUUGAAGGAGAUCGAUGAUCCAGAUAUGCCCUGGUUGGGAUUUGUAAUCGGUCAGACGGCUGCUUCUCUAUGGUACUGGUGCGCAGACCAGAUGAUGGUUCAACGUGUUCUUUCUGCAAAGAACUUAUCGCAUGCUCAGGGCGCUACCCUAAUGACUGGAUUGAUCAAACUGCUACCAUUAUUUAUAAUGGUCAUACCCGGCAUGAUUAGCCGUAUACUUUUUCCAGAUGAAAUUGCAUGCAUUCCCGGGGACCACUGCCUUCGUGUUUGUGGGCAGCGCAGUGGAUGUACGAAUCUGGCCUACCCAAAACUUGUACUGGAAGUCAUGCCUACAGGGUUGCGCGGUCUUAUGCUAUCCGUCAUGCUGGCAGCGCUUAUCUCCGAUAUGACCUCGAUUUUCAACUCAGCGAGCACGUUAUUCGCAGUCGAUGUGUACAAACAAUUCCGAAAACGUGCCGGCGAAGGCGAACUCAUGUUGGCUGGAAGGCUGUUUGUGGUCUUCUUGGUCGUGGUCAGCGUUGCAUGGAUCCCCGUAGUGCAGGAGCUACAGGGAAGUCAACUGUAUGUUUAUAUCCAGUCUGUAAGUAACUAUCUCGCCCCGCCAGUUGCAGCCGUAUACCUGCUUGCGGUGUUGUGGCCCCGUUGCAACGAAUUAGGUGCGUUUUGGGCUCUGAUGUUUGGACUGGUUCUCGGGAUUGUCAGACUGAUUUUAUCCGUGGUCUACAAUGAUCCGAUAUGCGGUGAAGUGGACACUCGACCGUGGAUAGUUGGUCAGUUGCACUACAUGUAUUUCGCCUUCUUGUCUUUCGCUUCCACUUUCCUGGUCAUGGUUGCCGUAUCGUUUAUCGGCAAACGACCGGACGCAGCACAGAUCGUUCGACUGACUUACUUCACAGCAUGGGUUCCACCUGAGCCAAUUGAAGAAAGAACGAAAGAGUGGUCAGAAGAGGACAUCAACACCAUGAAUGAUACACCGGUAGGGAGCACCUUAAACGGUGAAGUCAGCGAACAGUACGUUGGAAGUGAUUCGUUCAGAAAAUCUGCACCGGAGAAACCGCAUACGGUGACCAAAACGGACAUCACUGAAACCCGUAGCUACGAAAUGGACGAAUCCGAAUCAACGCUUGAUUGCCUGGGCGAGUGUGAGUGCAGGUCGCGUGCAGGACAAUGCGUACAGCAUUUGUUUCGCUGGCUCUGCGGAUGCGAAGACCGUCCUUGUCCUCUAGACGAAGAGCGACGCUUCCUAAGCUGCAUUUCUUGCGGUAAAUGUAAUGAGAAGACGGAUGAUUAUGAUUCAAACGCAGGAAGUCAACGCAGUCUCCCCAAAACUCAAGCAAUUGAUGCACAUCGAAUCACUAGCCUGGACCAGAGCCGCAGGGACAAGUACAUUCUUCGAGUGGGCCUUGCUGCUCUGUUGUCACUCACACUUUUCGGUUUUUUCUUCUUCACCUUUUACUUCGGUCUACUGGAAGCUGGUCCACUUCAUGUGAAACCUUUUUCUAACGUCACUCUGCCACUGAAUGUAACUAUGGCUUUGGAUCUCCUUGUAGCUGUUGGAAUAGUGUCUGUUUGAAGUUCCCCCGUCGCACCUCCUACUCGCAAGCUCCGAAUUACAAAGCAGCCCGAAGCAACUGUCUAGAGACUGCAACAAUUUUCUAUCCCGAUCCCGAAUAUAAUGUAAUCCAAACACUCGAACUGUUUGAACUGCUAUACGGCGCGAUUACCAUUUUUAUCGAGCGGUUUCACAGUUUAUCCCUAUUAUUCCACAAGUUUCU